AUGGCCCAUGUCUAUCAAUACCAGGCAGUUUUCCCAUUACUGAAUCUGUGUGUGACCUGGGAGAUGGAUAGGCAGAGCCCAGGAGAGAAGCAGGCAGACACUAAUAGGACCCCCACCCCCACCACAUCAGCUGCCGUCACCAUGGCAACAGUCAGCCCCAGCAGCACCACGUGCACCCAGGCGCCCUCUACUUCCCUCAGCAUCAUCUCGCCCGACAGACAGGCAGUUCAGGUGAUCCAACAGGCCAUUCACAGACCUCAGAGCAUGGCGGCCCAGUACUUGCAUCAGAUGUACGCAGCCCAGCAGCAGCACCUCAUGCUGCAGACAGCAGCCCUGCAGCAGCACCAGCACACCCCCCAUCUGCAGAGUCUGGCCACCAUACAGCAGGCUUCAGUCUGUCAGAGGCAGUCAUCAACGUCGUCCAGUGGCAGUUUGGUUCAUCAGACUGCUGGGAUUUCCCAAAACCCAAUGACUUUACCAGCAUCUCCAGUGACGGCACAGCUGAUUGGCCGAACCCAAACAUCCAGCUCCACUGGUGCUGCAACCGCCAUAUCCCAGCAGGCCAUGCUCCUCGGCAACAGACCAGCCAACUGCAGCCAAGCUCAGAUGUACCUUCGCACUCAGAUGCUCAUUCUUACCCCUGCAGCCACGGUGGCUGCAGUUCAAUCAGACCUCCCUGCUGUCACCUCCUGCUCCUCUUUACCUACCUCCUCUCAGGUGCAGAAUCUAGCUUUGCGUGCCCACUUGCCUGGAGCUCUGGCUACAGCCCACAGUGUGAUUUUAAAGCCAUCCACCCAGUCCCAAAACCUGACUCCGGCCGCCUCUUUAUCCAAGACGUCAAUCUGCGCACUGAAGACCAACCAGCUGGCUGACAGCUCAACAGAAACAGGUCCGGCUGACGUCACCCGGCUGGCCUCAGGAUCCCAGAUUAUAACCCCAGCCUACUCUCCGGCGCAGACCCACGCUUUGGUAAAGCAGCAGCUGUCCUGUCCACCCGGCCAGCGGCUGGCACACCACCAGCUCAUCCUCCAGCAGGCUACAGGAGGAGCUGCAAACCAUAGACAGCUCCAGCCCAUCGCCCUCAGAGUAGCACCUCAAGAAACCAACUCCAAACCUCUUCCUCUUUCAGUUAAAAGACUGACCACUCCCAGCACCCAGUCACAAACUAACAAUGAAUCUCAAGCCCCUUGUUGUUGUUCUUCUUCUGCUUCUUCUUCGUCUGUCGCCACCGUGUUUGCAUCAUCAGCUCAGGCCUCGAUCCCAGCUGCCACCGUUCAGCCUCAGCCUCCUCCUCUGGUGGCCGCUCCGCAGCGUCGGACCUCUUUCCCACAAGUGCAGAACCAGCCUCCGCCUCCCCCUCCACCUCUGGUUCUCCCCAGGCUGCCCCAGAACCCCCCUGCCUCCCUCCAGAGGCUGUCCCUACACUCGGUCCAGGCGUUGGCCGUCCAGUCGGGACGGGGGCUGCUGACAGAGCAGGAGCUUCCUGUUGCUGAGGCUCUGGUCCAGAUGCCCUACCAGAACCUCCCGCCUCCUCAGACAGUGGCUGUUGAUCUGAAAGUGCAUCCAGUCAGACGCGAUGAAACUCCAUCAUCGGGGCAAACGUGCAAAGUGAAUGGAUUGAGCUCAGAGGAGAGGAAAGAUGGUUGUUCUGCCAGUCCGCAGAGAGACAGGACCACAGCGCCUGUCAUUGGGCCUCCUAAGCAGAAUGGUGCAGUGAUGAGCUCACCCCCCCUCAUGUCCAGUCGCUCGGUGAUCAGAUCGCCAGUGGUGGAAGAGCCGUCGCAGCUCGCCACCACCACCAACAGCAUCAGCAGCAACCCUCCUCCUCCGUCCCCUCCUCUGCCUCCUCCCAUCCUGCCAGCAGCAGUAAGAGGCCCCAGCCAGCCCCCGUCAUCUCCAUCGAGCCUCCCAGGGAGCCCUGACCGGAUACUCACAACCCACGUCCUUACACACCUCGUAGAGGGCUUUGUCAUCCGAGAGGGCCUGGAGCCAUUCCCAGUGGUCCCCUCUUCGCUGUUAGCAGACCAGCAGGCUUCACUUCCUGAAUCCCAGGAGAUACAAACCAACGGGGAUGCAGCAGCAGAGGACAGUCCUCUGGAUGCUGACCAGUCGGACUCAACAGACUCUGAGAUGGAAAACGAUGGCCCUGCAGCAGAUGUUGCAGAGCUGGGGGAGAGUGUGGCAGGUGUGCUGCAGUGUGAGUUCUGUGGGAGCAGAGGUUACGCUCACACGUUUCUGCGCUCCAGGCGCUUCUGCUCCAUGACGUGCGUCAGACGGUUCAGUGUUAGCUGCACCAAGCGUAUCACCAUGCUGAGAGCAGGUCGCUGGGGUCGCAGGCCUGUGGGCAGGAGAGGACGACCCCCCAGCAGAGUCAACGGCGCCUCCAGAGAACACUUUCUGAGACAGGCUCAUAGGUCGUUUGGCCCAGAGGAGGCCCAGGAAGACCAGGAGGAAGAGGAGGAAGACGAGCCUCCCGUUCCCAUGACAACCAGGCUCCGUAAACAGGCCGAGAGGGAGCGAGAGAGGGAGAGAGAGCAGGAGAGAGAGCCGGAGCAGAGGAUGACAGAAACUAUCAGUGUUUCUGACGGAGAGGACGACGUCAGCUGUCCAUCUCAGUGGAACGUAGAACAAGUGUAUUCUUACAUCAGCUCCCUGCCAGGUGGUCAGGAUGUAGCCGGCGAGUUUCGCUCCCAGGAAAUAGACGGGCAGGCUCUGCUGCUUCUGACAGAGGAGCACCUGGUCAGCACCAUGAACCUUAAACUGGGACCUGCACUGAAACUCUGCGCCCACAUUAAUUCUCUGAAAGAUGCAUAAACAGUUAACACUCCUACCCCCAAAGAAUGGAUUUGUGUUGAUCCAGAUCAGGAUGAAGAACAACAAGGAGGCGCUGCCCAUCUUUAAGCUGUCUUACCUGUACUUAGACUUAGACAGAGAGCAGAUCAUGAAUGUACAGUUUUUCCUGAGACCACUGCCAAGGACUCCACCCCCGAAGCCUCCAGCUGUUCCAGCUGUUCGUCUGUCACACAGAGGGAAGUCCACGCACCGCCACAGCUGAUUUCGGCCUCCUCUCGUCAUUCCAUCGUAGUGAUUGUAGCAGUUUGGCUCCGGUUAUCCAUUUGUUUCAAAAUGGUUUUAAAAGCCCUUUGUAUCAUUUGUAAACAAACAAUUUUACACUGACAAUAUUACACAUAAAAGAACAAUCUCAAGGUUUACAAAACAGAUUAUUGCCUACUAUCUUACAGAUGAAAUCUGAUUUUAUCAUCGGCAAACAAGCAGUUGUAUUGACUGA